UUGUUUUAUCUAAAUUAUUAUAAUUAUCUCGGGGUUUUUUCUUUCUUGGGGAAAUAUUUUCUGGGAACUCAAAAAAUUUUCUGGGACCAAUGGUCCUGUGGUCUAAUACUUUUGUCGACAUCACCCACAACAAACACCAAAUAUGCGUUAGUAAAACAAUUGUUCAUCCUUUGGGGUAUUAUUUAUAUGACCCAGUAAGCGGGAUAAAUUUCUCUUGCAUUUAUAUGAGAAAAUUUCAUCCCACUUGCAUGGACAAUUUUGUUGUUUUGACAUUGUUUUGGCAGUUGUUAAUAAUAGCUCGCCGCGGCAUCUUUGAACUUUUAUCUCAGCAACAGGACCAGCCCGCUUGCAAGUGUUUUAAUACAUGGAGAAAUUUCCACCCCGGUAAGUGAGAUCUUGUCUCUUUCUAGCGAGAUCUUGGCCACCGGGCCAGCCUGCUUGUCCAUAUAAACAAUAAUUUUCACUGUAAAAAUAAUUACACAUUGAGAUCUCGCUUACCGGGCUAAACAGCCCCUUAGAUGGGAAUGACAGUGAAUGCUAGACAUCUAGACGUAUCAAUACUGUACCUUUGAAUGAAUCAUAAUGCAUUUUGCGGUUUCGCUUGUGUUGGAUGCCAUUUAUGUUUCCUCCGAUUGCCGGGAGAAUCAGCAAAAUGUCUGUCACAGUAUUCACAAUAAUACCUUUUACCCAUAGUACUCAGUGAGUUUUGUUUAUAUUCUUGCAGCUAUAAAGCUACAGUAUAUGGUAUUCUAGACCUGGUCUAGCUUUCCUGCCUUCCAGAAGUUUAAUUAAAGCUUAAAAAUAUUGAAAUUGCUUGUUUAAAAUCCCCACACUUUGGAGUUAACCAGUUUCAUGUCGUAAUAUUUCCAUCAGAAACAAAAGAAACCUCGAAAAAUCCCGAGAAAACCAACAAAAAUCUUGCAGUUUCAUAUAAAAUAGAGUUUCGAGAAUUUUCAAUUGUAAAAACCGCGAGAGGACUGGAACUAGGGUUUAACUUUAAAUCUCUUCCUAAUCCAGUAAUCCAACAAACUAAUCUUAAUCUGAUCUAAUCUUGUGAUUAUAUGUAUAGAAAUCGUAUAAAAUGUUGAAAAAAAAAUAUUGGGCAGCAUUUAUUAAAUUGCGAAAGGUUUAAUAUGCUAUGGCAACAAAUUUGAAUUAAAAACAAUUGAGAAUGAAUUAAACAUUACUUUUUCCCAAUUCCCAUGGCUACAUCAAAUUAAAAUUCAAUUUUUAAUAUAAUAUUUAUAAAAUUGAUAACCCAUCUAAUCUGUAAUUAAAAAAACAAACUUGAAAAAUCUUAUCAUCUCUUUAAAUAUUUAUCUUUCUCCAUAUCGUUUUGUUUAUUGUAGGGGGUCGAAUAGACUUGCUCCAAGUCGACCUCCAGGGACACGCGCGAGAAAAGAACGAACGCGAGCGAGCGCGAAUAAAUAAGGACGUAUUAAAGGCGAGGGACUUUGCGAAAGUCUAGGGGUCGAAUUAUAUUGUGCACAUUGAGUUGCAUGGGCCGUAUGGUUCUUCCAUUUAUGGUGUGAAAACCUAUAUUGUUUUGGCUCUUUUUUUAAUGAGGAAACAUUUUUAGACAAAGAAACUAAAUAAUUCAUUUUAUUCAACAUCUCAUCGCGAGAUCUCCGCCCUUUGCAGGUGAAAUGCCUGUCAGGGGGGUGGUGACCCCUAAACAGAAAAGGGGGUUGGAGAACUGUGAGCACGCUUCCUCUCGAAAAAACACUUUUGCAAUCAUGGCGGGAUCAUAUCCUGAAAUUGUCCGUGGACAAGUUUUCGACGUCGCGCCCCGUUAUACAAACUUGAACUAUAUUGGCGAAGGCGCAUACGGCAUGGUCUGGUAUGUUCGAUUAGCAAUGUAACAAUUAGUGGCGAAUAGAACGAAAAUGUAGCAAAUUUCGUGCGAAUAGAUCGGUGUAAAUCGCUGCUUGGAACACUAUAAAAAUUGUUUGUUUUUUUGUCUCUAGCUCUGCGAUGGACAACCGUUUGGGGGUGCGAGUGGCGAUCAAGAAAAUCAGCCCAUUCGAACAUCAAACUUAUUGCCAACGAACGUUGAGAGAAAUAAAGAUCUUGACGAGAUUUAAGCAUGAAAAUGUGCGUAUGCUGAUAUAAAUGUGUGCUAGCUCUCCUAUGGAUAAAUAUCUUACCGCCUAGUUGGGUAUAUUUGUUGCCCGGUCGGCGGAUAUACAACCCCCUUUCCAGUGAAAUUGUCUUAUGCAUUCUCUUGUUUUAUUUUGGUAGAUCAUUAAUAUUAUGGAUAUCAUACGUGCUCCGGACUUGAAUCAACUCAAAGACGUGUAUCCUUUAAGAAAUUAUAAUAGACAGCCAGUAUUAAGACAGUCUAGCUAGUAGCCACCCACCCAUCGAUCUAUAAAGCCAUUAUAUGUCCUAUUUAUUCUUUACAAACAAACUCCGUGUCCGCAUUCUUUCGAAAGGUAAAACAGUAUUUUGUGUGUUGUAUCUUUUGGAUAUAAAGUAUAAAAUCCCCCACAAGUUUGCUUCUUGGCAAAUUGCCGACUGCGAAAUGAACACUAUUUACUGAAGUACAUUUUAAUAUGUUUAAGAUAUUUAUACGGCAUAGGUUUUCUAAAACGUUAUGUAGACGGAAGCCUUCCAGUAUUGGAGCGUAAAUGUGUUUUUAGUCUAUUUGUCAUUCUGUGUUUGUCAAAUGGAAGAUGAUGCAAACAUAUGAGCACAUACUUUAUACGUUUUUCCUUGCCUACUUGUUAUUCAAUAUGGCUGAGUAGGUGCUUGACAGACGGCAAACCAGAUGGCGAUCAAAUUCAUGAACACGACACGAAAAUAACUCCAAAAUUCAAGGCCUAUACUUGUUUGCAGUGUGCUGCUCAAAUUGUAAACAAUUGGGCUGCAUUGUGACAAUUUGUUUACUUCCCCAGACGAAAUCCCUUGCAGUUUGUCACCUUCAGCGGGCAAUUGCAAUAAACAAAGUUGUAUUAAUUUACACACAAUGUCUGUGCCAAAUUAUAUCUGCCAUCAUUUCCUGCAGUUAUUAUUGGUUAUACAAUACUUGCUCAUACCAUUUUUCUGUGCAGCAAACAACGCUAUUGUAUUUUAAUAUUGUACAAUUUGUUUACAGUAACACGGUGAUAUCCUCCCAGAAUCGCGGACAGAUAUGCAAUUAAAAACGGAACAUAAACUAUUCACCCUUCUCGUCGAUUCUACGCUAUAAAGACGCUUUAUUUAUUGACAUAUACGUUUCAAAACAUUAAGGUUAUAAGUAACCUUUGUGCUAUAGUGAUGGUCACCAUAAUGGUUCAUUUGUUUAGUCUGUGUGGAAAAUAUAUACAAGAGUCAAAUAUAUAUAUUUCUGCAAGCCAACAGGUACUGUAAAAUGCAUGCAUGACUUUGUACAUGUAAUUGCAAGAAUGCCAUGCAUGUUUCCAGAGACUGAUUGCAAAUAUUGGCCUCUGGCAAAUCCUUGAAUUGUAUAUUCAGUAACAUUCAGACCAAUUGCUUUGGGAGUCAGUGCCUGGCUAAAGAUAGAUUAGGGAGAUAGUUGCUCCAUAAUCUAUAUGGUUAUUGGAAAAUGUGGAAGCCAGAAAGCUUGCGAACUGAUGUUCAAUUUCUGUAACUUGCAAUACACAAUGUGUUUUAAAAUGUUACCAUACAAAAAUGAAUCGAUUUGGUAUAACCAAGCAUUUACUGUAUGUUCUGUAUGUUUGUUCAAGUGAUUUUGGGUGGCAAGGGGCUUAAUCACAUUAUUAUCUGAUUAGAUCUAUUGCAAAAUAGUCUGAUUAUUAAUCCAUUGAGCACUGGUGUGAUCCUCUUGAUGUGCAAAAUUAUCUGGAGUUAGACAGAGUAAAAUGAUAAUGAUAUAGAUGCAUUAGGGUGCAUUAUGCAACUUAAUGGGUUAACCAUUGAGGUGCAGAGUUUUCCCCUCUAUGAGCUAACUCGUCUGGCAUUAAACAGAGUAAAAUAACAAGGUAGGACACAUUAGAACGUGUUGCAAUUACAUAAUCAAUGACUUGGUGUUUUGCAUGUUUCCAUAAAUCACACUUAGCUAGUAAUAAAUCAGGCAUAUAUGCUAAAAACAAACUUAUGAUUUUUCUGUGUUGGUGUUUACAGUUAUGUACUCAGGUGAAUAUGAUGUUUGUGAUGUUACUCUGAGUGUAUAUCCACACCAGGCAAGCUUGAAAAAUAUGCCUGGCCACGGUGGCAGAGCAUUGGGCUAGUAUUCCAAAGGCCUCCAAAGGUCGUAGGUUCGAUUCCCACCGUGGCUAGGCAUAUUUUCCAAGUUUGCCCGGUGUGGAUAUACACUCAGAGUAACGGCAUAAACAACAAACUUAUGUUGCCAAUGGCAGACACUUCAUGUAAUAUUGGGGGGGACGAAAUUUUCAACAUGUAUGCCAAAGGGGUUUCAGUGUCCGUUUAAGGCUAACUUGAUCAUUGUGUACGUUAAUUGUGAUAUUUAGUACCAGAAUUUUAUAGGUCUUUCAAAGUUAUUGGGGGAGGCGACCACCCCUGUAUAUUGGGCCAAAGAUAAUAAACAUAUCACAUAUAAAAAAUGAUCAGUAAUGCAAGAAGCAGUUGAAAACAUAAGGGAAAAGUGGUCGGAGAAUAAAAUUGUGCACGACUUGCCAGACAUUUCCUUAAUACCAACAACAGCUAUAUUGUGCAAACAUUGAUGGAAACAGAUUUGUAUAAAUUAUUGAAAUCACAACGACUCAGCAAUGAUCACACUUGUUAUUUUCUAUACCAAAUACUCCGAGGUUUGAAAUAUAUUCACUCGGCCAAUGUUCUGCAUCGAGAUUUAAAACCAAGCAAUUUGCUUUUGAACACAACAUGUGAUCUUAAGGUUUGUGCACAUACCCUCCCCCAGGAAAU